AUGGCCACUCGCUCGGGCACUGCCGAAUUGCAGCAAAAUUCGCUUGAAAUGGCAGAUGGCAUCGGUUCGCGUGAUGCGGUGGCGGUGGCGGGCAAGGCGGGGGUGGCGCAGGCGGUGGCGGGCAAGGCGGGGGUGGCGCAGGCGGUGGCGGACAAAGCGGGGAUGGCGCAGGCGGUGCCGGACAAGGCGGGGGUGGCGCAGGCGGUGGCGGGCAACAGCGCGCAGGUGGCGAACAGCGGCGGGGCGUGGAUGGGCGCGCCUGCUGCCGGGCGGCAUGCGUGGGCAAGCAGCCGCGCCGAGCUGGCGAGCAUCCGGCAGCGUAUUGUGUGCGGGGUGGAGACAUUCCGGGCGGCGUGUGGCGAGGCGACGCGGUGGACAGGCGAGAUGGACGACGGGCUGCUGGGCCUGCUGGCCGAGGCACAGCCGGUCGAGGUGCCUGCCGACUACCACGCCGCAGCGGCGACCACGCUUGCCUUCCGUCCAGGCUCAGGCUGGACUGUUGAUGCCGUUGUGGCUGCCAUCUGCGAUGUCGAGCUCCUCACCCUGACCGAGGCGCCGCAGCAGGACGGCGAGGAGCCGCGGCCGGAGCUCGGCUUUGGCCUCUGCCUGCGGUGGGUGGCCAAUCCGAGACGGCCAGGCGAGCCCGGGCUGGCAGUCGCCGUCGCCGCCGCGUGGCGGUCGCCGUCGCUGAUGGCGGCGCUGGCGCUGCGGGCCAAGCGCGCUGCCCGCGGUGCUAGCGAGCCCGUGACCUGGGAGACCCUCGGCUCGGCCCUGGCCGAAGAGGUCCGGCUGCUCCGCGAGGCGUGCGGAGCCGGGCCGACGGCCUGGCCCACCGAGCUCUUCCUUCUCCUCCGUGACGCGCCACCGCCGCUCGACGCCCGUGCCGCCAACAGCUCGGCCUUCUCGCCGCGCCCGUCGUACGUCGACGAGCUCGCCGCCGGGCCCAUCCUCGUCGUCCCGCCGUAUAACGUGACCCAGGAGCAGACGCUCCGGUUUGCAGCGACCUCGCCCGAAGAGGCGCUGGUGGAGGCACUCGCGUCGCCGCUGUUUGGCGUCGGCGGCGCCGCCGGUUUCGGCGCCAUCGUCUACGUCCCGCCGCGGCCGACGUCCAACCCGCUGCUCUCCAAAGUGGUGGUCCGCAUCGUCGCACAGUGGGUCGAGCGGCACGUUGAGCAUGCCGACGCCGCUGCGGCGCGGCCACGUGCCGACAAGGCCGACGCCGCCGCCACUGCCGCUCGUGCAGCCUUUGCCGAGCGACCAGUGGCGGCUGAGGUGCUCGCUGCCACCAUCGGGCGGCUGGAGGGCAUCCUCGGGUGGUUCACCCCACCGCAGACAGCCGUCACGCUUGGCGAGGUCUGCGAGCUCGAAAACCAGGUAGCGCUUGCCAACUGCGCCGCGCACGCCACGCGAGCAGCGGUCGAGGCCGCCAUGUCCGGCCGCGAGCUCAUUGCCGACGCGAGCGGCGGGCGGGCCGGUGCGCUCGUUGGUGCACUUCAGCGCGCGCCUGUGGCGGUGGCGGCGCUCGGGCGGGCGCUGCUCCCGCACGAGCAGGGAUUGUUGGCGGCGUUUGUGGUCCACGGCUGCUUUGCAAGCAUGUCUGUCGACGAACGGAGCCUGUUCGAGCUCAUCACCGCCGCCGUGCGGAGCGCCGAGUGUCCGGUGAGCGAGAUGGUGCGGGCCGGCGGCUUUGCAGCCCGGCUGCUCGUCGGCUACUGCCAGCGCAAGGCCGUCGUCGCGUAUGUCCACCAGGCCCUCGGCGAAGCCAUCGCCGAGGUCGGGUCGAGCUCGGCGCCUCGGCUGCAGCUCGACCCAGCGGCUCCGCUGCGGGCAGCAGCGAGUGGCCGGCUGCUGAGCUCUCAGUCGCGGACACUCCCGCUGCGACAGCAGAUCAUGGCCAUCGAAGACGCGGUGGUGAGGGUGCUCAACGCGGCGGUCGGGAGCGAGGGCGUGGGGCAGCUUCCACCGUUCCUCGCCACCCUCCUCAAGUGGCUGGCGGGCGAGGCCGCAGCGCGUGGCGAGGACGGCGUGGGAGUCGCCGGCCGGCUGCUCGUCGAGCUUGUCGCCGCGCGGGUGGUCGACGGGCCGAACGAGUACGGGCUGGAGGUGGCGGCUGGAAACAUGGAAGUGGUGGGCAAGGUGCUGCGGGCGAUGGUAGGCCGGGUUAACGUGGCGAGGGCUGGCGACGAUGAAGGCGGCACCUCGCUCUCGGAACUCUCGUCGGUGGCGUCCGGCGGAGAGCGGGUCUCGGGCGUGGCCGCCUCCAACUAUGUGUACGAGGCAAGCAACCCGCUCUCACUCAUGCAGUCAUUCAUCGAUGAGGGCGCGCGGGCCAUCGUCCGUGCCGGAGACGCCCUCGUGAGGGCCAAGAACUCGGCAUCGGUGCACUCGCUCCGCAAGCGCAUGCGCGCCGCGUCGGGCUUUGUCGCCGUUGAUAGCGCCGAGCUCGAUGCCGUUUGCGACAUGGUCGUCCGGCAUCAGGCGACGAUGGGCGCAGUGGCGCCGACGGUGGUCGCUGCCGCGCAGGCUGCGAUGCCGGCCACCAGCCAUCGGUCACCACCGCCAGGUGGGUGGAUGGUCGUCGCCGUCGAUCAAGGCGGCAGAUGCAGCGACGACGAUGAUGAUGAGGACAUCGAGUCCGAGACCGGACCGCGGGCGGUGGAGCUCCUUCGCGACGGCGCAGCCAUGGUCGAGGCUUACGGGCGAGGCGAGAUGGCGGCCACCGAGGCGGUCGUCUCGCACGUCUCAGCCGCCACCCACACGCUGUGGAAGCACCGGGUGAGCGUAGCCAUCGCCCUGCAGUCGGCCGCCAACUCGUUGCGGGCGACGCUGGACGAGGUCGAGGCUGAGCGGGCCGAGCUGGACGCGGUGGCGGAAGCAGUGAUCGGCCGUGCCGAGGAAGGCGAUGAGGUGCAGCACGUUUACGGGUAAGCGUCACGACGACGGCUCGGCGACGUCGAUCGAAGCACUCUGCUCGCCGUUCAGCUCCUGCAUGAGCCCAUGCGUUCAAUCUACGCCACUCGCAGCUCGAUUGCUCAUUCUACCGCGACACCUGUCUCGGCUCACGGUUCUUCGGCGACGUUAACGAUCGCGGGCGGGUGGGGGCGACACACCGAUGGGCAUACUCGCCGCCCGACGAUACUUUCCGUUCUUGCGGUUGGCUCGAUGCGC